UUGUCAGCAACAGCCGCAUGACGUCAUCACUAUGCGUCCACAAAAUCAAAUGGAAACACGAUCCACGAUAAAACGCACACUGUACACAUGGGGUGCUAACAGUUUUGGGCAGCUGGGGCUAAAGAAUGCUGAAGAUCAGGUGAAGCCACAGCGUGCAGAAUAUGGACAGGAUGCAAAAACAUUACAGGCCAUCACAGGUGGAGGUGGACAUUCAGCGCUCAUCACUGAGUCUGGGGAGCUGCUGGUAUGUGGACAGAAUCACAAAGGCCAGCUAGGACUCGGCCACGUAUCAGAGGUCAUGACCUUUCAGCUUUGCCAGUUGCCUGGCAGCAGGACUGUCCAGCAAGUGUCAUGUGGCUGGGACUUUACCAUCAUUCUUACAGAUGAUGGACAAGUCUUGACAUGUGGCUCCAAUGCUUUUGGUCAGCUAGGCGUCUCUCCGCAGACACAAUAUGCUGCCCAGCCUCUAAUCACGUCUUUAAAGGAACCUGUGAUCAGUGUAUCAGCAGGGCUUAGACAUGCGCUCGCAGUGACAGGUUCAGGUGGUGUGUAUCAGUGGGGUACAGGCCUGUUAAGUCAAGCAAAACGAGCACUGAAUCCUCAGCCUGUCCCAAACCACUUCAGCUCCAAGGAGCCCUGCUUGGUCACAGGGCUAGACCAUGUAUCUGCCAAGAGUGUAUCUGCAGGCUCUGCGCACUGUGCCUGUUUGACCGUAUCCGGGGAGGUGUUCCUGUGGGGAAGUAAUAAACAUGGCCAACUGUGUGGAAAAGAGACCUUCCUACCUCUGCCUACAGCUUUAGACUCGUCACUAUUAAAUGGAGAAAGAGUCGCAGCUAUUCACAGUGGCUGGACACACCUUAUCGCCCAAACAGAGAGUGGGAGAGUCCUUACAUGGGGAAGAGCCAGUUAUGGACAGCUUGGGAGGCAAGUGACAGUCAGUGACUGUAAAGAAUCAAGUCUUCCUUCUGAGGUCAGGAUGCUUCAUGGGGCCACGCAGAUUGCAUGUGGCUCAGAGCACAACCUUGCCAUCGUAGGCAAUCAGGUUUUUUCAUGGGGCUGGAACGAGCAUGGAAUGUGUGGAGAUGGUUCUCUUUAUGAUGUCAUCCAACCACAGCCAAUCCCCGACCUCCAAAAUGCCAAAGGUCUCCUGAUUGGCUGUGGAGCAGGACAUUCCUUGGCCCUUUGUUGUUUGAAGAACAGUGAAGACACUGGAAGCUGACCAGAAGUUAAAAAGCAGCCCAAGGUCGCCUUUUCCCAGGAAACACUUCAGGAAUCCAGGAAUGAUGUCAUCUCUUCAAUCUAGCAGUGCUGAUGUAUUUUGUACUUGAUGAUUCUAAGACUGUUAAUUAUAACAGUCAUAUAUACAUCCAGUUUUAUGUUUUAUUUUUUUUAAUGGAGUUGAACAUUCAAUAGAUAGAUUAUCUAUGAUACUUUUUGUAUUGAUCUUAAGAUUUCAGAUUAAUUAUCUCUGUAUUUAUAUUAAACAUGUAAUUUAAAAUCCUUAAUAUACCUGACAUUCACCUGAAUUUGUCUUUGCCUUGAGAAGAAAUGAACUCUGUAGUAAAGCUAGGUUAUGUAUUUAAUCUGCUACUGUUAAAUUCAUUUCAGUUUUAUGUGUAUAGCACUUUUAACAACACACACAAUGCAAUUUUACAAAAAUCUAAAUGUAGAUUUGUGAUCCCUAAUAAGCAAUAGUGAUAAAGAAAAAAUCCUUGAAAGGACUGAAACUCAACCCAGUCACACUGUAUACCAAGAUUAUAAAUCAUUACAGCACACUGUUGUAGAAAAGUAAAGUCAAUAUUUACUAAGUGGUUCGACAAGAUGUUCAGUUUGUGAAUAAAAGUUCUGCGAUAAACACAGGACAGUUGUUAUGACUGCAGCCGUAGUUCUUGGAAGAAAUCUCCAGUAUCUGUCUAAAGCAAGGGUGAGACUUGAAAUAUAAUAUGGAGGAAUUACAAAUCACCAUGGCAACCAACGUUUUACAAAAAACUGUGUACAGCUGUGUAUAGUUUAUAAUUCAGGUAGGCUUCAUUUUCCAAAAUACAAGGACUGAAAAAGGUCACAUAUUUGGCAUGUUGUUUUUCCACAUGGUAUUGAACAUUGAACACAUUCAUCUUGGUGAUGAUUCACUGUAUUAAAAUGAUAACUCCAUCCCAAAUAAAAUCUCAGCUGUUAUAUGUGACUCAUUCACUUCUUCCUUCAAUAUGACUGCUAUGUACUCUAUGUACAACAUGGCCAAAAGUAUGGGGACACCUGACCAUCUUGUUCUCGUGUGAUUCUUCCCUAAACUAGAAUCACACAGUUGUAUACAAUGUCUCUAUGUUGUAGCAUUACAAUUUCACUUCAAUGGAAUUAAGAGACCCGAACACUGUUCCUGCAUGACGAUGCCCCUGUGCACAAAGCGAGCUCCAUGAAUACAUGGUUUUGGAAAGGUUGGGGUGGAAGAACUCGAGAGUCUUGCACAGAGCCCCGACUCUGACUCAACCUCACUGAACACUUUAGGAUGAACUGGAACGCUGACUGUACCCUCACACAACAUCAGUGUCUGAUCUCACUAAUGCUCUUUAAGCUGAAUGAACACAAAUCCCUACAGACACACACCAACAUCUAGGACUGAUUCAAACAGGGGACUAAAUCUGGUACAAGACGCUCAGCAAGGACAUAUGGGUGUCAUUUUCAGGUGUCCACAAACUUUUGGCCAUAUAGUGUAUGGUGUCUAACCCAUAAAGACACCAAUUUCAGACAUAACUCUGAGCUGAACACCUCUGCAAUGGUCUCAGCAAUCAUCCAAAAAAACAAAGAAGCUGUUUGUAAUGCGCAGGUAAUUUUGCAUAUUUAAUUGCACACUUAGUAAACGCAUUCUGCUCCUUU